GCAUGCCGGAAAACGAAAAGAGACGUCAUGUGACCACGUUCCUUCGUGUCACAUGACUCACUGCCUCGCUCUAGCUGGCGGUAUCGCGUUGAUUCAUUUCCGCCUCUGUUCGUCUUGCGUGGAAUAACUUCUAAACUCCCCGACUUCACGAGUUUAAUAACGGAUGUAACUUGUGCAUCGGACUAAAGACGUAGUUUUCAGGCCGUGGAUCCGCUGUCAUGGAGACCGGAAGCGCCCUCGCGGCUCUGUGGCUGCUGCUCUGCCUGCUGUCAACCUGCGCGUCUUCCUUCAGCCCCAAACAGACCGACCCUCUGCUCUAUGAGGAGCAGCUGCUGUGGGUGAGCGGAGUCCAGGGCCAGGUGGACACCUACAGGAUCCCCCUGCUCACCUUCACCCAAAACGGAAGCCUGCUGGCUUUCGCAGAGGCCAGGAAGUCGUCGUCACGUGACAGAGGAGCAAAGUUCAUCGCAAUGCGGCGCUCUACGGACAAAGGGGCCACCUGGUCCCCGACCUCCUUCAUAGUGAAUGAUGGAGCGAAGCUGGAUGGCCUGAACCUGGGCUCUGUGGUGGUGGACGAGGAAUUGGGAUCUGUGAUUGUGGUUUACGUCCUUUGCUUCAACCACUAUAACUGCUACCCGUCCAGCACCAUGAUGAUAGAGAGUUGGGACGAUGGCCUCAGCUGGAGUCCGCCCAGGAACCUGUCGGUCCAGCUCGGCGUGAAGAGCUUUUCUCCCGGGCCGGGCUUCGGCAUCCAGAAGCGCUAUAACCCAGCUAAGGGGAGGUUGGUGGUGUGUGGUCACGGGACAUUGGAGGGAAAUGGAGUUUUCUGCAUCCUGAGUGACGACCACGGACGUAACUGGUACAACGGCGCCGCGCUGAAAAGCAUCCCUUACAACCAGAAGAAGAGGGCUCUAGACUUCAGCCCCGACGAGUGCCAGCCGGUGGAGCUGACGGACGGCAGCAUCAUCAUCAACGUGCGGAACCAGAACAGCUACCACUGCAGGUGUCGCAUUGUGGUACGCAGCUUUGAUGGCGGGUUGACCCUGCCGGUAGACAAUCUGUUCUUUGACUACGAGCUUGUGGAUCCUGCCGUAGCAGCCGGAGCCCUCCUGAAAGAUGGAGUGCUCUACUUCACCAACCCCUCCAAUGAGAACAAAAGGGUUAACCUGACCUUACGCUGGUCGCUGACCGAUGGAAAGUCUUGGGAGAAGAAAGCCGUGCAGCUUUGGGCGGGUCCCAGCGGCUACUCCAGCAUCACGUCACUGGACAGCGGCUCUGCAGACGACCGGAAGUACAUCUUUGUCAUCUACGAGAAGGGCCACGUCGACUAUGACGAGACCAUCUCGUUGGCCAAGAUCCACUUGUAUGGUGGCCGGUAGAGGAUGUGCAAGAAAGUAAGCGGACUUGCAUCAGUUCAUUCAAAUGAACAAGUACGAUGGUGGAAAACUUACUGUUAGUGUGACGUUCUAGAUAUGUUGGAGCAAAAGGGAAACAGGACGCUGUUGUUUACCCCCAUAAAGUCCUCAACAACAAAAAAAAAUGUUAAACUCACUUUAUAAUAGUGAGAGUGGGAACAUGGGAAGCUCUGAACAACCAAUGAACAGUUGUUUUGGGGGCUGCGGUGAUCUUAAAACACGAUUUUAUCCUUAUUUUGUCUUUUCUUUUCUCUAAAAAAUGACACUUGAAGAAGUCACAUGUCAGUUUCUCUGUUUGGACAUGUGACCAAAGCUUUGUUUUUGUUACACCUUUUGCACAUGUUGUUCCUCCACAAAAGAUGAUAUGAGCAAGUAAGGGACUUCAAUCAUUUGGUUUUGAGGCUGACAUCAACACCUCAUACAGUAAAAGACCCCACUACAUCAGUCUUCCACGACCAACAAGAAAAAUCAAUUUUGGUUGAGACCUUUGGUGUUAAUGGAAUAUAGAUUUAAGUACAUCUAGCGACUAUACCUAAUUCACCUCAAAAACAGAUUCAUAUGUAUGUUUGAUGCGGAUGUGAAACGAUUACUAUUUUCUCAGAUAAUAUAGUUUCAUACUGAAGUUUCCUAUUUUUAAAUGCGGACCUGCUAGAAAUUAGUUGUGAGUGUGCCAUGAAUAUCUGCUAACCAAAAUUGGUUUUUGCUUUUGUGAUCAAACUACAAUUGAAUGUGAUUUCAUACAGGAGUAUUAGUAGUUUUAGUAAAAUGAUGAAUUAGAUGUGUGUGUGUUUGAAUGUGAUGAGGGAAGUAACAGAGUGCUCUCUCUUGUGCAGAAUGGGCUCUAAUAUUUUGUCUGAAAUCGGGUCUUCUCAAAUUUUGAUCUGAGUAGUGUGCAGAAUUGUCGUGUAUAACCACAAUCAUACAUGGGUUACAGUACGUUGUUUCCAUUCAGGAAGGGCAUUAUCUGAUCUGUGCUAUCUGUAAAGCCAUUAAAUAAAACAUGUUCUCGCAUGUUUCUGCCAA